UAAGUUAAAAGCAUUUGUUUAGCAAACUUUGUGUUGUGUAAUAGCAUUGCGAGUCAAAUGUCUUGAUUGUCACCGACAAGGGGUUUGGCGUCACAUUCAAAGACAAUUUGUGAGACAAAUGCUAAGCAAUAGAUACCAUCAAUACUUGAAUUCAAUGAAAGGGAUGGCAGUCUUCGACACAAUUGAUCUCUUCUUAAGACGUUGUAAAAGAUAUGAUAAUUUCUAUUCUCGCCGAAGACUUUUUCUGAUAAUAAUCGUAGCCUUAGUUAUAGUCCUUUACGUAAUUCCUCUCAUAUUUAACAAACUGUGGACAAAAUCAAUCACUUAUUCCGAUAAUAACAUUGAGUGCAUUGAGCGACAUAUCCAUCCAUUCCUCGUCGAUGACCACAACUUUGACACAAAGAUAUGGAAAAGUUAUGACAUGUCCGAAGAGAGCGCCAAACAUUUGUUGCCAUACAUUGGAAACGGAAAGUUUGCGAUUAGUGUCCAGAAUAGUGACAACAGUUUCAAUAUAUUAGGCAAACGAGCCUUAGAUCUAAGCCUUCCUUUCCAUCCAAUCGUUGACAUCGACUACUUUGGGGCCGUUUCUCAGCACGCCGAUGUGAUCCGAUUCAAAGACGGAAUUGUUAAUAAGAUAACAUGUUUUGAUUAUCUCAAGAAAAGUGCUUCAAUUAAGCAAACAUUUUAUGCCCACCGACUCAUACCCGCACUCUUUGUACAAGAGAUUAGAAUUACAAAUCCAACCGAUGUGCCGCUUAUCAUCAAAUUGUCGCGAAAGGGAUGGAUGGGUGAGUCCAACAUCAAAGUGCAGCCAAUGCUUGUGCCCAAUAAGGAACAGAAAGAAUAUUCACUUCUUGUGGGACAGUUGGAUGCGUCCCAAUGGAGUCAUUUAAAUCGAGUGGUAGCUGUAGGGGUCGCCUACUCUCAGUUGACGGACACUAUAGAGAUAGACAGUCACAGCGCGCAGACAAUACGUGUUCAGACAUUUCUCAAUUACACGAUCCCGACCCCCAUCUCACAAAUUGCAGCCAAAGUGCCCGAACUUAAGGUAGCAGUGCGUGAAACAGUGAAAAAGGCGUUGGAGUUGACUCCAAGUGCUCUCGAGAAGUAUCACAUCUCGAUGUGGAACGACCUCUGGAGCAGUGGUUUCGGCAUAAGUCACUCGAUGGCUCCCAACGCUUUGAACGGAGAUCUGAUUAAUGCAACUCUUUAUUGCCUGAUGUCUCAAACAAAUACACUUCCAUAUGAUUCCGAAUUAAUGAGUUUAAGUGAUUUUGGGCACAAAAUAUCUCAAAGUAAAGCACUUUUAUUAUCACCGGAUCAUUGCUAUAACGGACACUCGACACUACAGGCGUCCACAUUAUGGUCCAAAUUAGACACUUUGAAUGAUGUGAACAGAAUCGCCAACUUAUGGCUGUUGACACUCGAGAAACAAGGCUGUCAUCACUUAAUCAGUUCCGGAUCGCACGGCGUUAUGCAGGCAAUGAUCUUAAGUAUGGCAUCGCUUCAGUUCACGAAACAUCACUUGGAGUUCAAUACACAUCCAAAUGAAUUACACAGAAAUUAUUACAUCCGAAGAAUUAUUUACGGAAACGAAACACUCAUUAAC